AGAAUAACUUCCUCUUCACUUUACUCUCAAGUGGAGAUAGAGCUAAUAUAAGAACAGGGUUUUUUUCUAAAAGUUUUAGUUUUAAUAAGACUUCUUCAUCUUAUCGCAAGAUUUGGGUUUGUGAGAGAAAGUACAUUUUUAGAGUGCUGAGGAGUCUCACAUAUGGCUAAAAAAUUUGGACCAAAAUGGUGUAAUAAUAUGAGGGUGAUUGGAGUUUGUAUGAUUGGUUUUCUUGUUGUAGCUUCAUCAGUCUUAUUAGUUUCAGGUAAUGAAAUUAGUACUGCACAAAAAGCUGCAACUCAAGAGAUUUAUCCCAAUUAUGUUACCAGAGUCUCCAACAAUUCUUCACAUCCUAACACUCGAUCAGGAUAUAUCCAUGUUUGGCCAGACAUGAAAUUUGGAUGGAAAAUUGUGGUGGGAGGGAUAAUUGGAUUUCUAGGGGCAGCAUUUGGGAGUGUUGAAGGGGUUGGUGGUGGUGGGACUUUUGUCCUAAUCCUCACUCUCAUUAUUGGGUUUGAUGAAAAAUCAUCAACUGCAAUCUCCAAGUGCAUGGUUAUGGGGGGAGCAGCUGCCACUGUCUUGUACAACUUACGACAAAGACAUCCAACACUGGAUUUUCCCAUCAUAGAUUAUGACCUUGCACUUCUAUUUCAACCAAUGUUGAUGCUUGGGAUCACUAUUGGAGUUUCUUUUAAUGUCAUUUUUGCAGAUUGGAUGAUCAUACUCUUGCUUAUCAUUGUACUCCUCAGUAAUGCAAUUGGCCUCAAUAUUUUUCUUCCUAUUUUUUUGUAA